AUGGCAGCUUCAAUAUCGAUGUUGUUUGCUUUUUCCUUGAAGAAUAUAUGGGAAAGUCAACUUUUUGUUUUGAUGGCACUGGGAAUCGUACUAACAGUUGUAAUACCAACCAUUAUUACUGAGAUGGAGUUAGACAGAAUGAGCGGAUUGAAUAUAGAACUUGGACGUUCAAUGGCUGUUGGUACAACAUUAGCUAUAGGGCUGAAUUAUUCUGCUUCAUAUUUUCAUGUGUGGGGGUGGAGAUUUUCAACUGGAUUUAUAAUUCAAGUUGCAUUUCUCUUACUCAUGAUAUAUUUCUAUAUUUUUGAGACACCUUCCUGGUUGUUGGAGUAUAGAAAAAUAAGUGAAUCUAAAGUUGUGCUGGGAAUGGUGCUGAACGCAAUCCAUGUGGAUCACAUGUGUGCAGAGAUUGAUGAAAAUAUUUUAAGAACGAAAGUUGUUAGUCAUCUACAAGUGAUAUUGCAUCAUGAAAGCCGCCCAGCUUUAGUAAUCAUGCCAUGGAUUUUUUGGAGAUUCGGAAGGAGGAGACCUCUUAUUAUAGCCUCUAUUCUGAUGCUAUCAUCUCUGGCGUAUGUUUCAGUUAUAUUUUACUUGUAUGUCGACUCACAUUUCUUACUUCAAAGUUCUAUUGUUUACGUCAUUAUGGGUUUGACCAAAUCAGAGCAUAAGAAACUUAAGAAUGAAGGAGAAGAGAAGGGUUUGAGCGAUCAAAUUUGCGAUCAUCACAGUUUCUUCUUUCGGACUCGGAAUUGUAUGAUAUUCGUUGCGUUGGAUUAA